CUCUUCAUCUUUUACCUCUGUACAACGACCAUGAUGUGCCUAGUCUGGAUUAUAUUUGUCUUUCAGCUGUUCUCCAUAAAUGGGGCCACUGAGAGUGGCAUAGUAGGUGGUAAGGUUUCAAAGCCUCAUUCCAGACCCUACAUGGCAUCACUCCAGGUUCAGGGACAACACACCUGUGGUGGGAUACUUAUUCGGGAGGACUUUGUUCUAACUGUGGCACACUGCAAGAAUCCUCAACCGAUGACAGUGGUGUUAGGGGCACAUAAUGUAACAAGCAAGACAGAAAAAAGUCAGCAACGGAUCCAAGUGGCUGAUUACCAUCCACAUCCAAAAUUCGCUGGAUAUGAUUAUGACAUUAUGCUACUUAAGUUAAAAAACAAUGCCACACUGAACAAGUAUGUGAAGGCCAUCGGAUUACCUAAGAAAAAUGGGAAAAUCCCCGCCAAUGUUAACUGUGUCGUUGCUGGCUGGGGCAAAACAGGAGCCCAGAAGCCUGCCUCAAACGUGCUGAAGGAAGCCACUGAGAAGAUUCAAUUCAGCCAUGAGUGCAAAAAUAUAUGGCAAAAAUACUUCAACACUGAACACAUGAUAUGCACCAAGUUCAACAAAAAGAAGGGAGGAAUUUGCCAGGGUGAUUCCGGCGGACCACUUAUUUGCAACAGCAAGCCUCAGGGUCUAACAGCUUUUACUCUGCAAGAUGAUUGUAAUAAUCCCAAGUAUCCCCAUGUCUUCACUAAAUUACAUUUCUUUCUUCCCUGGAUUAAGAAAAUCAUGCAAGCAUAGUGGAAUGUUACAUGAGCCAAUAAGCUUCAUUUCUUACAAUUUCUUACAAAAUUCUUGUGCAAGUUUUGUCAACUAUAUCAAUGUUUGCUUAAAACUCAUUUAAAAAUUCUAUCUUUUACGGCAUAGGUUUGAGUCUUCAUAGAAUACCGGUGGACAGAGGGGGGACAGGUAGUGAGUGUGAUGGUUGUGGUGUGAAAGCCCAUGCACAUUAAGACCAAACCCCAGACCACGGCUGUAGCUUGUGGCUCGUCAGUCAUAGUGCAAACUUUUGAAGUUGAACCGUUUUCUGUCUGUGAAACCCGUCAUCUGCAAAGAGAAAGUGAAAGAAAUGUGCUGUUUUACAGGAAUAGCUUCCCUUAGAAUCACACUUUAGUCCUCAUCAGUCACAAGUGAAUUCUGACUUUUGUUUGUAAAUUAGAUAAUUGUGACAUUUUGGUUUGUUGAUCUUAUUUUCAUAACAGAAAUAAAGCCUGGAAAUGUGGUACUCACCUGA